AUGAGCAUCAUUUCGGAGGAUAUAUCCUUCUGUGUGUGUGGUUUUUUUUUACUGAUUAAUCAAUAAUUUGCCAAGAGUGAAAAUUUAUGGAGAAGAUAAACCCCUAUGGAUAGAUAUAGAUCUCUACAGAUGUACGUGAGCUAUUGGCCCUCAGGCUUGUGAAAGUAUCCUUAUCAAUAAAACACGCGUGUGUGUUGGGGUCUGUGUCAUUUUGUGUUACAAUAACAGAGUGUGUGUAGUAGCAGAAAAACACAGUUUUAAAAGCACUUACUCUCGCAAAAACGGAGAAAUUAAUUUCGUGAUGGAAGUGGCAACUACACUCGAGUAAUCGGUAUUCAGUAUGUGUAAUGUAUAUGUACACCGUACAGUGUUUGUUUUAGGAUCUGGCUUCGUGUGUAUGGAAGUAAGGAUUUAAACAUAAGGAUAUUUUUAACUUUAAAAUGGCGCCGGGUAGAAGAAGGGAUCGAAGCUCCGUGAACCCGUGUCUGAAAUACUUCAUUUUCUUGUUUAAUUUCGUCUUCCUGUUGAUUGGAGUGGCCACGGUCGGAUUAACGUCCUGGAUUAUCCACGAGAAGGAUAAAAAGAUUACCUCCUUUAUCGAUGUAGUGCUGGACCCUUCUCUCUUACUUCUCAUCGCAGGAUGUAUCGCAACCCUCAUCUCUUUCCUGGGGGCCAUAGGGGCCCUCAGAGAGCACCAAUCCAUGCUCACAGCGUACUCCCAUUUGGUGACACUUUUUAUCUUCAUCCAAGUUAUCGGUGUGGUGUUCGUUUUCCUGUUUUAUUACGACAAAAGUAUAUUCAUCAGCCUUAAAAUAUAUCCAGACGACCUCUUUAAGGACGCCAUAGUCAGGUAUCGGGAUGACCCGGAUCAACAAGACUUUAUAGACGGCUGGCAAAAAGAGAUGGACUGUUGCGGCUUUAGCGAUGACGACGAAGGUUACAAAGCCUGGAAUAACAACAUUUACUAUAACUGCACAGACGAAAAUAAGAGCGCCGAGAAGUGCGCAGUGCCCUGGUCAUGUUGUGUCCUCAAAGACGGGGACCGGCUUAAUUUACUUUGUGGCAACGGGGCGUUGGAACAAACAAGUUCUACUCUACUGAACAACCAGAUCUACACGAGGGGGUGUCUGAAGGCGGUCAGGGAGUGGGUGGGCUCCAACCUGUUUGUGUUCGGCUGUAUUGUCAUAGGUGUACUCAUUCCACAGAUGAUGUCCAUUUGUUUUGCUAGAAACCUCAACGAUCAAAUUGCUAUACAGAUAUCCAAAUGGCAGUACCAGCGGUGAUUAAUAUGUGACGUAACCUUAGCUACCGGAAACAUACAUUCAUCGGAAGAAUCAGACAAUGUGAUGAUUACCAAAAAGUCCCAAACUUCUCGCUAUUGAGAUUUUUAAACUCAUUAUUAUACAUUGUACAUGAUGUAUUACCCAUAUAUACAGUGUUUAUGCAUUAACCCCGACGAUCCAAUGCGGCCAUUUUAACGAAGAGUUGCAUAGAUAUUCUCUUUUGAGAAGUGGACAGACACGGAUGUAGGCUAUGCCUGUCCAAUUCUCGAAAGAGAAUAUUGCAUAGAGACUGUGAUGAUGCGAUUUUUGUUCUACAAUCAAACCAAUUCACGUGUUUGCUCAUGGUGUGCAAUAUUUUGUGACUAUAUAGGCUAGAAAUAAACAGAUUUUCGUGUGUAUACAGAUACUGUGGCAUACUAGUAAAGCAUAGUUACGAAACACACACAAAAAAAAGUAUUGCGUUCAUAGAAAUUUCAGAGGUUGAAUAUCAUUUCUUUGACUUUCAUUAAAUUUCUCUUGCAAGAUCACAGAAGCUAGAAUAUUUCAUUAUUUAUUUACGAAUGGCUUAAUUGUUUUUUUGUCCAUCAGCAUUUAAAUCACUGCUUACAGGAUUAUAGGUUAUAAUUUUAAAAGCCAUUGGAGGUGUUUUUUUUUUAUUUUGUGUGCGUAAUGUCAAAAUUUACACCAUUAUAUACGCAUUUACACAUAUCAGUAAAUUUUGAAAUGUAUUUUCUUUGCUUUUUAUUAAAAUAAAUGUUUUAAAUACA